GCUGCGGGGGCUCGAUUAGCGGGGCGGGCGGGCAGGAUCCGUGCCGACUCCUCGCUUGGACGGGCGGGUGGGCGGCGCUGCCCGCCAGGCGCUCUUCGGCGGCUCUUCUUCCCCGCGCAGCGCAGCCUGGAGGAGGCAGCCGACCGUCAGACGCCUCCCUGGCUCGGCUCUCGAGCAGCUUCUGCCUGGCUCUGCCUGCUCAGGACGCGGCGGCUGCUGUGAGCCGGGCCGGCUCCUCCUCGGGGGCGGCGGCGGCGGCGAGGCCGGUCCCGUAGCCGGGCAGGCAACGCGGAACAAGGCGCCGGUUCCUGCUCUGCCGGGCGGGCGCUUGGAGAAGAGGCGCCCUCCCUCCCGGCAGUGGAAGGGCCUGUGCGGGCAUGCAGCCGGGAAAUGCCGAGAUCCGGGCUGGAGACCGGCUAACCGGAGCUGCUGCCCGGGGCGAUAUCGCUGAAGUCCGGCACCUUCUGCAUCUGGAGCUGGUGCAUCCCGACUCCCAUAACCGCUUUGGCAAGACGGCGCUGCAGGUGAUGAUGUUUGGCAACAUCUUUGUGGCUGAAGAACUGCUGAAGCAAGGGGCCAACCCUAACGUCCGAGAUGGGUCUGGCACAACGCCUGCCCAUGAUGCUGCCCGCACUGGCUUUCUUGACACCUUGAAAGUCUUGGUGGAGCACGGUGCAGAUGUCAAUGUCCCGGAUGCUUCUGGCUCACUGCCCAUCCAUGUUGCUAUUCGAGAAGGCCGCACAGAUGUGGUUUGCUUCCUGGCACCUCAAUCCCAGCUGCAGCAGAAGGACUCCAAGGGGCAAACACCACUGGAGCUAGCGGAGCAUCUCGGGCUGUCACACAUCCGGUGCAUCCUUGAGCAACACCUCUCUGUCCCAGCUUAAUUUCAGAAAGAGCCCCCUGGCCUGGGCCAAGCUAACUUUCCCCUCCUGCCUACUAGGCCCUUAUUCCCCAAGACUCUCCCCCCCCAGAGCUCUGGAACAAAGAUAGUUCUUCUGCCCUACCUCAAAAUGUGUGUUGAAUUAUUUGUUUCUAUUUAUACAUAUUAUAUGAGUUCUCUUCUGUACUUCUGAUUUCCAGCUUUUUCCAAAUGUGCCAGUCCCUUGGGAAUCACAUUGCACUGCAGCAUUUCUGCUUGACCUUCUCCAAUUACUAUCCUCUUGCAUUUCGUCUCUUGAAAUGGUCCCCAAAAUUAGAAAAAAGCAUUUUGGAUACCAUUCAGGCUCAACAGAUUUGGGUCUUUUUGACAUUUGCUACUACAUUGGGGCCUCCUUCCAUUACCACCUACCCCAGCAGUCUUGUGAUGCUUGGUGUGUUUUCCUUUCAGGGAUAUAAUUCUGCCUCCUCCUAAGGAUCUAGCAAUUCUCUGAUGCCUUCCACUAGGUUCCUAACAAGGAUGACAGUGACCACCACACUGAAGCACCAGCCGUAAAUAUUAAAUGGUGGUUGGCAGAAAACUAGCCUUGAAUGGAAAACAUGACUAGGAUUUUUUUCUUCUUGGUGGACAAGAUAUUCGUUCCCAUUUCUCUGCCAAAUAUAGGUCCAGAACUCCACAAGGUCUUAUUGUAUAGGAGUCUAACUCUUAUUUU